GGGCAGGUGUGGCCGCACGUCAUCGGCGCCGGACUACCAGGGCGCCAGGCGGUUCACGCUGGAGGAGAUGUCCCACGCCACCAAGAACUAAAGCGAUGCCAACCUCGUCGGCGCCGGCACCUUCGGCAAGGUCUACAUGGGCCUCCUGCUCGACGGCACCGUCGUCGCCAUCAAGCGCCGCGUCGGCGCGCCGCGCCAAGACUUCGUCGACGAGGUGAGGAGGCAGUCGGAGAUCUGGCACCGGAACAUGGUGACCCUCAUCGGCUACUGCCAGGACGGGGGUCUGCAGAUGCUCGUCUUCGAGCACCUGCCCAACGGCAGCGUCCUCAGACCCCCAAAUCCCCCCUCAAUUGGUGGGCAAGUGCUUUCAUUGUUUCUCCCCACUUCACAGAGCCAAGGCAGUAGGCACUAGUUGCCCUGAUGUUAGCAAAGCUCUCUGUUAUCUCUGUUAUCC